CUGGCAGUCGACGUAAAAAGUCUCCGGCGCGAUGACACUCGGUAUGUGCCGCUCGCCGAGCCAUACGCAGCAGCAGUAGCAGUUCUGAUCGGUAUAUAGCGCGAUCGGUAUUCGUUUAUUGUACAACGCACACUCAGUAUAUACUCAGUGAUCGGUUUCUCAUUCUAUCUCGCGUGUGAUCGCGCUGUGUUGUGAUCGGUAUGUUAUGUAGCACGUGUGUGUGUGCACAAGAGUGAGGAAAUCGGAGGAAUUCGUCAAUCGGAGUGGCAACUCUCGAGGAGAUUCAGUGCAAUUUGAAGGCGUUUAAAGUGAUGUAAAAAUAUGGAAGAUUGUUUGUGAAAGUAUAAAAGUUCUGUGAUCAACGCUCUUUGUCUACUUGUACAAAUGUUAUGUGUGAUAUUUACAAGCUAAAAUUAGUGCAAUAUACAUCUUUUUUAUACAAACUUACGAAACACUAAAUCGACAGAUUAAAAACAGUGCAAUAUCAUUCGAGUGAUAAAAGCUUUGCAAUAAAAGUGAUAAAUUUCAAUCGAUUAAUCUACUGCCACCUAUAAAUUCUCAAUCAGCUCGCCGAGGAAGCGCAGAUAUCACCGCGAGCCUCGGGAAAUCGCAAAAGCGCGCGAGAGUCGUCAUCCAUAAUCAUCGAGUCAAGUUUUCAGAGGACUUCACGAGGAAGAAAAAGUUCUUCGGGUAAUGCUAAUCAUAUGCGAGCGAAUUAUCGUAAGCGAUAAUCCGCGGAACUAAUGGGAAAUCCAUGUCAUCCGUCAGGGGCAGAUUUAGCUUUUCGAAUGACGAUGGAGACGAACUACAGACAAGCUUACGGUCCCUCUUCAAUGGACACGACCCUAACUACAAUGAUUCAUCCAACUCACAAGACGAAAAACAUUACAUGGGGCACAGAAAUUCGAUUGAAGAUGUGGACCUGCAUCAAGUUAAGGGACCAAGUGAUGUCGGGUGCAAUUGGCUGACAAGCAGUAUAACUUCGGACAAUGUCAAAAUAUUAUUGGUAUUUCCGCGAGAUGAUAGACAGUCAGAAGUGUUGGGAUUGGCGGCUCAAAGACUGGGAUGGCAAAUUUCGGAAGCGCGAGACGUCGAAGAGGCGCUUGACCUUUUUCAGACUCAUAGUCACGAUGUCGUAAUUAUCGAUCGGAGAGGACUGCAUUGUCAGCAAGCAGACGACAUUUGCAGGGCCCUGAACAAUACGCAUUAUAAUCGAACAUCUGUAAUUAUAGCACUCGUUAAGAGAUCAAUUUUCGUCUCGUCUGAUCAAGAUGAAAUCGCAACUUUGCAAAUACUCGACGCUGGUUUUAAUAGGGCACUUAUAGAGUGUUCGAGCAAGGAAAUGCUAAUGAACGAGCUCAUUGGGAUCUACGCGAACGAGGUGCGACCUAAACUGCAGCUGGCAGCCGCUCAUUCCCUAUAUUUGGCUGUGCAUAGGUGUCGAGACAUGGUACACGUAACUAACGAUCGGCAUUUGAUUCAGUUCGCGAAUGAAGUAAGUGAAAAAUUGCUCGGAUGGAAACCAGAUGAUCUAAUUAAUAAAAAUCUCACCGAACUCGUGACCUGCGAAAAUUUUACGCGGAUGAAUCAGCAAUUGCAAAAGGGUCGAGAAUUUCAUGGCAAUAUGAACUGUAAAAGGAAAUCCAACGAGACUAUUACUAUUAGCUCUCGGAUUAUACCCUUUUGCGCCUACGGCAGGAGGCCUACGCAUUAUAUUUACAUUUACGAUACCACGUAUUUGCUGGAGAACAUUGACGUGACAUCAGCCCUGCCUAAUCCAGUUGCGCAUUUACAUCCUAGAGGAAGUUCGCAUUCGUUACGCUCCUUUGACGUUGGAUCUAUCGGUAGUGAUCUGCAAAGGAGAUGCAGCGUGGCAAAAAUACACAAUUUACCUCUUGAAGCACCAAUCACAAAAGUUAUAACGCUCCUGACAACUGCAAUGACAGAGGCCGUUAGCCCAGAUGUCGCUAUGCAAAUUGACAAAGCCAUAGAGAUUUUGAAAACAACGGAACUUUACGCUCCCUACGUCCGCGAGGCUGACGAACUCUUCAACGACCCUGUCACGUCCGAUCUCAUAGGGGCUCUCAUUUCCGCACCUCAGUACUCACGCGACUCGCGGAGGUCAUCGAACGACUCGUCGGGGCGCGUAUCACAGGUACAGCGGAUUUUACACCAGCAGACGCCAGCGUCCAAAGCGGCGGGUAAGGGUAUCAGGGCUCCCCGAGAAAUCGAGAUUCUAUUGGAAAAUUGCAUGGACUGGGACUUUGACAUUUUUAAACUUGAAACUAUGUCUGGUAGGAGACCUCUAUACUAUUUGGGAAUGAACGUGAUGAACCACUACAGUGUACCUGCGCGUCUGAGUUGUGACGAACGCACCUUGCAAAAUUGGCUGACCGUUAUCGAGGUUAACUACAACGCGCAAAAUAGCUACCACAAUUCGACCCAUGCAGCCGAUGUUCUCCAAGCGAUUGCCCGGUUUAUGCGUUCCGAGAGACUCAAACUACUACUCGACCCACUCGACGAGGUCGCCGCACUUAUUGCUGCUGCUGCGCACGACAUUGAUCAUCCCGGAAAGUCCAGUCAAUUCCUUUGUAAUGCAGGAAACAAACUGGCUAUUCUGUACAAUGAUCUUUCUGUACUCGAAUCUCAUCAUGCCGCAUUAACGUUCAGAUUAACGCUAUCUGACGACGAUGUCAAUAUUUUUAAGAAUUUAGAUAGAGAAACUUAUAAAAUGAUAAGGCAAAAUAUCAUCGACAUGAUUUUGGCAACCGAGAUGACCAAACACUUUGAGCACUUGGCCAAAUUCGUCAACGUGUGCAGUAUACGAACGGAGGAAUCGCAAUCCGAGCCUUUUACGGAUCCAGUCGACUCGUCAGUGCUCCUACUACCAGAAAACGUAUCUCUUGUUAAAAGAAUGAUGAUCAAGUGCGCGGAUGUUUCUAAUCCUACCCGGCCCUUAAAGUUCUGCAUAGAAUGGACUAAACGAAUAGCGGAAGAGUAUUUUAGACAGACUGACGAAGAGAAGAGAAGAAAAUUACCCGUCGUAAUGCCGAUGUUUGAUCGAUCUACCUGUUCGAUUCCAAAAUCUCAAAUUGGAUUUGUGGAUUACAUAAUCAACGACAUGAUGGAAGCUUGGGACGCAUUUAUCGAUUUGCCAGAAAUGAUCAAUUACAUGAAACAGAAUUACGAGACAUGGAAAGAAUACAACGAACGUGGAAUCUCGACCCUGCAGGAUGUUGAAACGCUGCAGCAGUCUCCAGAAUUACAAAUACCUCAAUCUGCUCAAUGAAGCAUGUAAAUUUUCAUCUUCAUUUAUCGUAUUAAUUAAUGCAGCUCUUCUAAUUAUUAGAUAGUGUAUAGAAAAUAAGAUUUAAACAAUUUAAGUACAAUAUAACUUGACAAUCGAAUAAAGAAUAAUUUUGAACAAGA